AAGCCACUGCCUUUAUUUUGUAUCGAACAGACCCCUUCCCCUUCAGGAUACUUUACAUUUCCACUCUCACAGACUCUCUCCUUUUCUCUACACUUCUCUCUUUCUGCUUGUGUGUGUGGCCGUGAGAGCCUUCUUCUGGCCACUAUCUCUGAGCUUUGUAAUCAUGUCUUGGGUUAUGCCUGUUUUAGCUAUUGGGCUUCUUAUUCUGGCCAUGACUGGCCAUUCAAGUGCAACAUGGUGCGUUUGCAAGGACGGAAUAGGUGAUACUGCUCUCCAGAAGACAAUUGACUAUGCUUGUGGAGCUGGGGCUGACUGUCUCCCUAUUCAUCAAAAGGGGGGCUGUUUCGCUCCCGACACGGUCAAGGCCCAUUGUUCCUAUGCUGCUAACAGCUACUUUCAGAGGAAGGGUCAAGCUCCUGGUUCCUGUGAUUUUUCUGGCACAGCCAUGGUCACCACUACUGACCCCAGCAUUACAGGCUGCGUUUAUCCUUCUAGCGCCAGCCCCGUAAACAGUGGCACUGUUCCAGUAACUGGAACACCAACCACCACCAGCCCGGGCACUGGAUCAACUCCCACAACCAAUACUCCAUUUGGUUCUACAACCCCCACCGGCGUCAUCGGAGGGAAUGGCUACAGCAGUGGAAGCAACAGUUUAGGACCAUCAGGCGUCGGCGGGAUGAACUCCGACUACAGUGACAGUGGAUCAAGACUCAAACUCACUCUAAUUGCCAAUGCAGUAGCUUAUUUGUUCACUCUCUUGUUCUGUGGGCAUAUGGCUUGAUGCAGUUUCUUUUAUUUAUUGGAAUCGUUGUGAGAGGAAUGCAGGGUGGGUAGCAUGUGAUGUUCCUGUUCUUGCUGUACUACUGGUUCUGGUCUUAGACAGCUUUGUUUUUUUAAAUUUGUUCUUUCGUCCACUUAAGUCUCUCCCUCACCACUUGAUGCCAAAAACAAAAUGGGAAAAAGUUGGCCUCCACAUUGCUUGUUUUGGAUGGACUUUUCUUCAUACUCUAGUGGGACCCACAGAACAUUUCUUUUUAACUUUACCAGAUCUACUUACCAUGUUCA